UUAACUGUGUUUGGCCUUCCUAAUAAAAUUUGGUUAGCUUCGCCCUGAUAAGGAGAUUAUGAAGUGGGAAAUGAUAUUGAGGACCAUCCACACAGUGCUUGGUGAUGCAGAGGAGAAGAAAAUGAAGAACCAGGCUGUGAAGGUUUGGCUGGCUGACCUCCAAGACUUGGCUUAUGACGUGGAUGACAUCUUGGACGAGUUUGCCACUGAAGCUUUGGGGCGUAAGUUGAUGAAAGAACAUCAGGCCAGCACAAGUAAGGCAGAAAAGUUUCUUACUAGUUUACAUCCAAGUUCAAUCAUGUUUAACAAUAAGAUGAUGUACAAGAUCAAAGAGAUUACCGGAAGAUUGCAAGAUUUAGCAACACCAAAGAGUAACUUGCAACUAAGCGAGAUUGACGUUGGAAGGCCCAAGCCAGCUGAAAGGUUGCCAAGCACUUCUCUAGUGAAUGAAGCUACUGUACGAGGCAGAGACAACGACAAGGAGGCAAUACUUGAUUUGCUUUUGAGGGACGGUGGCAUUCAUGCUGGAGUUUCUGUGAUUCGCAUCGUUGGCAUGGGAGGGAUUGGCAAGACAACCCUUGCUCAGCUUGUCUACAAUGAGAGUAGCAUAAGAGAUCAUUUUGAUUUCAAGGCAUGGGUAUGUGUUUCUGACGAAUUUGAUGUUAUUAAAAUAACGAAAACAAUUCUAGAAUCGAUCACUUCCCAGUCUUCUAAUACGAACGAUUUGAAUUUGCUUCAAGUUAGACUAAAGGAGCAGCUAUCAAGCAAGAAAUUCUUGCUUGUUUUAGAUGAUGUUUGGAAUGAGAACUAUGAUGAUUGGACAAAGCUCCGAUCUCCUUUUGAUGCAGGGAUUCCAGGAAGCAAAAUAAUCAUAACAACAUGCAGUUUUAAUGUUUCCUUUAUUAUGGGAACUGUUACAGAUUACUCGUUGCAGAUCGUAUCAAAUGAUGAUUCUCUUUAUACCCUUGCUCAUCAUGCACUAGAAAGAGGGGAUUUUACUGGGCAUCCGGACUAGAAAGGGAUUGGCUUGGAGAUUGUGAAAAAGUGUGGUGGCUUGCCUUUGGCCAUUAAAACGAUUGGAGGAUUAUUGCGUACCAGGGUGAAUCGUGGUGCAUGGAAAGAAAUAUUAGAGAGUGAUAGUUGGAAUCUAAAAGGUAACAUAAUUCCAGCUUUAUAGUUGAGUUACUAUUAUCUUCCUUCACAAUUAAAGCAGUGGUUUGCUUAUUGCUCUUUAAUCCCUAAAGAUUAUGAAUUUAAGGAGGAGGAAAUAGUCUUAUUGUGGAUGGUAGAAGGUUUUUUAAAUGGAGUAGACACUAAAAGGAAAAUGGGAGAUUUGGGGAGCAAGUAUUUUGAAGAACAAGUAUCAAGGUCAUUUUUUCAAGCAUCUAGUGAGAAUGAAUCUCGAUUUGUAAUGCA